GCUUUUAGUAUAACUUUAGCUGCUGCGACGACUGCUCUUGCGCAGGACGCAGAGAAAGUAAACAACAACAGCCCCCGUUCCAUCCAACUGUCCACGUCGAGUCCUGGAGGCUCAGAGUGAUCGUUGACUUGAGCCCACCAUGGAUGCUAAGCCUCAGAGAAUCCGUGUCCGUGGCGACGAGAAUGCCCCCUUCCCUGCUGCGGCCGGCAAAACCCUCCACCAGCGCAACAAAUCCACCCCUGCGCUGUCGGCUCUGUACCAGAAUGGCGCUGUGAAGCCUACCUCCAAGCGAGCAGCGUUCGGCGAUGUCAGCAACACUUCCAAGCCCGUCAAUACCACCCGCGAUGACACAUCCCUUGCUGGGAGGAAGCAGUCGAAAGCUGCCGAAAAGCCGGCCGCGGCCGUCGAGAAAAAGUCCACAGUCCUAGCACAGCCAGCCCAGCGUCCACUGGGGAUGAAGGGCAUCCUGAGCAAUGUUACCAACGUCACUCAUGCGAAGCCUGUCGAGUCAUCGAAAAAGACUGCCGUGCAGCAACACGCAGCCAAUACCCGCAAGACUUUGAACAAGCGGGCCACCAUCUUCAAGGACUCAUCAAAGGCACCAGCCGACAAAUGCGAAAACACAUCCAAGGAAAUCAACAAGGAAGCGAAGCAAGGAAAGGUUGAACCGUCUCUUGCACAUGCGCCUACCGCACCUGCGAAGCAACAUGGCGCAAAGGAAGAAACCAAAUCAGAUGAGAUCCCAAAGCCUGUGCUGGGACAACUGGAAGAGCACUCUGGUGUAGUCGAAGAUGAUGACAAGGAUCUGCCCAAGGUUGACGAUGAUGUCUGCAAAGUGCAAGAUUUGAAGGAGAAUCACCAGUCCCGUGAGGAACUCGACUCUGCAAAUCAGGAUGUCUCUGAUCCUGUCAUCAAGCCUCCCCGCGAAUCUGCGUCAAGCUCCCACGUCACCCAGGAUCGCCUGCCAGCUCAGGCCGAAUUCGAGGAGUAUUGGGACGAUGAAGAGGAGGAGAAUGAGGACGAUGAUGGAUACAUCACGGCUCGCUCCUACCGUUCGCGUGGGGAGAACACCACUGGUGGCGCCACGACAGUCCUGUUUCCCAAGUACACCCAGCAGGUCAGACGAGAGCUAGCCAUUGCAAAGCAGGUUGUUGAGGCCACGCGUACAGAGGAAGACAUUGAAGAUGAGUUUUGGGACACUAGUAUGGUUGCGGAGUACGGUGAGGACAUAUUCGAGUACAUGAGAGAGCAGGAGAUCAAGUUGUUGCCAAAUGCGCAUUACAUGGACAACCAGGCCGAGAUCCAGUGGUCAAUGCGCUCGGUGCUCAUGGAUUGGCUAGUGCAGGUCCACCAUCGGUUCUCUCUGUUGCCCGAAACCCUCUAUCUGUGUGUUAACUACAUUGAUCGGUUUUUGUCCUGCAAGAUCGUCUCCCUCAACAAGCUUCAAUUGGUGGGCGCCACUGCGAUUUUCAUCGCCGCCAAGUAUGAAGAGAUCAACUGUCCGUCCAUCCAAGAGAUCGUCUACAUGGUUGACGGCGGUUACUCUGCGGAUGAGAUUCUGAAGGCUGAAUGGUUCAUGUUGAGUAUGUUGCAGUUCGAACUGGGAUGGCCCGGUCCGAUGAGUUUUCUGCGCCGCAUCAGCAAAGCCGACGACUAUGAUCUGGAAACGCGCACCCUUGCCAAGUACUUUCUGGAGAUUACCAUCAUGGAUGAACGCUUCGUUGGCAGUCCUGCUAGCUUCGUUGCCGCGGGGGCUCAUUGUCUGGCAAUGCUGAUGCUGAGAAAGGGCGACUGGACACCCGCCCACGCUCACUAUGCAGGGUACACUUACUCUCAGCUGCUUCCACUCAUCUCCCUCAUGGUGGAGUGCUGCGAGAGACCUGGCAAACAUCAUGCCGCAAUUUACGAGAAGUAUACUGACAAGCGAUACAAGCGUGCUUCUCUCUUCGUCGAGGCCGAGAUGAAGAGAGGGUUUCUUCUUCCCGACAACCAUAAGGACAGCUCUUCUAUCAGCCAGAACUCGACGCUCGAAGCAGCCCACUAUUGCAAAAAAGUCAAUGUCUAGUACUGUUUCUCAUCCAAUCCUCCACUCUUGCUCUUGCCCAGGCGAUUCUUGUGCUCUUCUAUGAGACAUGAUAUCGGCUCAUGGCUGUCUGAAUGAGCUGAGCACCGGAACACAAGACCAAAGAUGAACUUAACCACACAACAUUUUACCGACCAGGAACUUGGUCCCC